GUGAACUCUAUAAUGUUUCUGAUUCUGCGAUCCCUUCUUUCAUAGAUGGGUGGCUUGCAGUGGCUCGCUGUUUUCCGAUAUGCUUCUCUUAGACUCAGAGGCAUUUCUACAGGAGAUUCCUUGACGCAUUCUCUGUAUGUCUGUAUUCUGCGAGUAAUUUCAAGCUUUCUCGACAAUAAGUGCGACCAUUAGCUAUCAGAGAAGAGUUCUUUCGGGUCUUACCAGAACUAUUGCAUUAUCCGAAUGCUGGAUUAUUAGAUAAAAGGAAGAAAUAAAUUUACACAAUGAAACAAUAACAUGGACUAAUUAAUAAGAUAACGUGUAUAGCGUGGUAAUAAUGGAAAUAUAUGAAGUGUUUGGAAUUAAACAAUAAAGGAGUUUUAGAGAUAUUAAAACUGGAAUUUAUAAUGAGUUUUGAAAUUCGUCGGACAUUUUGAUAUGCUUCGAUUAAAAAAAACAAUUAAAAAAACCCAACAUUUGUCUAUUCACAAAUGUCACGGAUUUUAAAAUUGGAUUUUUGAGGUAUUGUGGAACAUCGUACGGUUUUUCAUUUGACAUUUUUCGAAUCGUUAACAUUGAAUUUUUUCAAGUUUAUUUUUUCACCUAUGUAUCAUAACGCUGUCAACAGAUUUUUUUUCAAUGAAAUUGAAUAACGGAUUUAUCUCUUUUCUGUCAUCGUUGGAAUAAUACGAAAAUGUGCAACGAUAACAUGUGCCUGGAUCUGCGUGACAUAAAUAAUGAAUCAUUUACACAUUACAACAUAUCUAGGAUUGUGACUAAAACAGGUUUAAUUCCUAAUACUAAUCAAUCAAAUUCCACCUAUUCCGAGAAAACCCUUUCUGGGGAUUCUGCCGUAGGAUUGAUAGUCCUCUAUUCGUUCACAACAAUAUUUUCCAUCGUAGGCAACGCCUUUGUGAUUUUAGUAUUUGCCCGAGGGCGUAGGUCUAGAACUGACCUAAGGCCAUUUUUAAUAAAUUUAGCCGUUUCAGACCUCAUAAUGGCUAUUUUCUGUAUGCCUUUCAGCUUCAUAUAUGCAAUGCUAGAUAACUGGAUAUUUUCAAAACCAGUGUGUGUGAUAGUUCUUUUUGUGCAAAUGUUGUCCGUUUCCGGGAGCGUUUUUACCAACAUGGCCAUAGGGAUAGACCGCUUUAUGGUAGUGAUGUUUCCGCUUCGAUCAAGACUCACCAAAAAACGCGCUAAAUACGUCAUAGUGUUAAUCUGGUUCGGGGCUGUAGCAUUGUCAUCCGUGCAAUUUAAGGUCGCCCGUGCCUUGGAUACUGAAGAUAGGCAGAUAUGUACCGAGAUCUGGGAUACCCCGGCUCAGAGGAAAAUAUUCACAGUUUUUGUGUUUGUGCUAACAUACGUCGUUCCUCUGCUUAUAUUAUCCAUAACAUAUUCUAUUGUUGGAAUGUUGCUAUGGAAGCGGACUGCACCCGGAAAUAGAGACAGAGCAAGGGAUAUGCACCAGCUGCGCUCAAAACGAAAGGUGGUAAAAAUGCUCGUUAUCGUGGUGGCCAUGUUCGGUAUCUGCUGGCUUCCACUCCAUGCCUUCAUUCUCGUCCUCGACUUCUUCCCUUCAGUCGGUGAAACCGUCAGUGGAAGCACCCUAACUAGCCUCUUCAUUAGCUGUCACUGGCUUGCCAUGUCCAAUAGCUUCGCAAAUCCCAUUAUCUACGGAUUUACCAAUGAAAGUUUUAGGGCUGACCUCGUCACAUUGUUUUAUAUGUGGUUCCCCUGUUGCGUCUGUCUAACUAAAAUGAUGCCUCGAUAUUCGAGUGGGUCCACUUACGAAACCGUCGUCUUCCGUCGUCAAAGUUUAUACAAACAAGGAGCCAAAUUCAACGGAACGUACCAAACGCGAACAGUGCGAGCCCAAAGGACUAACGAGUACUUUCCAAAUCGAAGUCGAACUCGGUUUGAGUAUGUUGACUUCCCAUGUGCUAAUGGCAAGGCGGUUGUCAACGGCAAAGUUGAUAGGGUAAAGAACGGUUGUGGACAAAGAGUGAUAAUGUCCUUAGAGAAAGACUAUGUCAGAUUGAAGCCUGUGGAUAAAAAUUCCAUAAGUGCAAAUUCUGAACCUAGUGUUGAGGAAUCGUGAUUGAAUGUUUUUUUAAAUAAAAUGUAAUUUGAAGUUAUUAUUAAAAGGAUAUGAUAUA